UGGAGGCGCGCGUCCCGUGCCGAUCGUGCGAUCCUCGCGUUAAUUAUUUCGAUCUCCGGUAUUCUCGAAGCAACGUCGACAUGUCGAGUCCGUGAACGAGCGUCGAAGAAAUAGCGAACGUGACGAAACGUGGAACGGGAGGAAGCAGAUAGCGAUUCCGGGACGUCGAUUCGAGCGCGGAUUGUCGGAAGCAUCAGAAACGGCCGUGACUUCGAACAGAAGCAUUCUUGUCCCCGUUCCUAGUAUCUGAAAAUAAUUUUCCGAUUCCCGUUAACGCGAUCCGUACCACUGGAAACCGAUCCCUUCGUUUUCUCGCGAUGCUCUCGAAACAAUCUCCGGAAACGUUCGUAAUCCGAGAGGGAACGCGAAUAUCCGCGAGGGACAUCAAAGAGGACUCGUUCCGAGGUUGAGAUCUGUCGGAGAACGCGUCGUCGGGUUUCCGGGGUGUUCCGUUUUCGGCGUGAAAGGCGAUCCGCAUUCUCCGGGCGAUGGAAAAUCGGAAAAAUCCGUGCGAAAGUUGUCACGAGAACGGUUACUUCGCGGAUCCCUUUGACCGGAACGGAAAGGUGUCCUCCAGGGAAAACCGAUGAAAUUCCGAGAACAGGUGAAAACGAUUGCAGAUUUACUUAAAAACCAUGGACCACAAAUGCAGAAUUCCACAGAGACUCCAUCAAUCGGAAUAAUUGCAUCUGAGUGCAGUAAUGUCGAAUUGGCUCGAAUUUCGUAAGGUGACCAAUGCAAACAAUAGUGAUUGAUCCAGUGGGUCAACGGCUGAGCAGUCGAUCCAACGGAAGCCUGUUAAAGGCGUCCGUGCAUGAAACGGAAGUGGAAGUGAGCAUCGCCGGCGACACAGCCUUGUCAGUUAUCCAUGGACAGCAUCCAAAUGCUGUAGUAGCAACCAUCAUCAAUUUUAUUAUGUCUGCACCUAAUCGAUUAAACGUUCUCCUGCAUUCAGGAUACUUUGCCACAAGGAUUCAAUACCUGUGAACUUCCAUAAUUAUAAAAUCGCAAAAUUGCAAAAUAAUUACAUGUAUACAAAAUUAAUACACGUAAACACGUACUACGUUCUAAACUACAAUAUAAGUGUCAGUGUAUAGUGAAUCUCUAAAGUGUCUAACAAGAAUCAAAUUAAUCAAAGUGUAUCCUAAAUCUCUACUUAAAGAAAUACUGUGGUAAAUGAAAAGCUGUGCUGAUUGAUACACUGUGCUAAAAGCUGUGCUAAUCGAAAUAUUGUGCUAAAUGAAACAAUGUGCUAAACGUAGUGGUACAUUACCAGGAAAUCACCCAGAAAGUAAUAAAUGUUAGAUUAAGAAGUGCGGAAGAAUCGAUAAAAUGCAGGCCGUCGACGUUUAUAACUCCACGCCCGACCCUUGGAACAUCACCCUGUGGGACAAUUAUACGUACUAUAACAACACGAACACCACCGAUUUGCAGCUGAGGAAUCAGUUCAUAUUGCCAUGGUGGAGACAAAUGAUUUGGACGUUGUUGUUCGCGGGUAUGAUCAUCGUGGCCACCGGUGGCAAUCUCAUUGUCAUCUGGAUCGUGUUGGCGCACAAGCGAAUGCGCACAGUCACCAAUUAUUUCCUAGUGAAUUUGAGCAUCGCUGACGCUAUGGUCUCCACGUUGAAUGUCACCUUCAAUUACAUCUACAUGCUGAAUAGCCAUUGGCCCUUUGGCACGCUAUAUUGCAAGAUCUGUCAGUUCAUCGCGGUGCUCACUAUAUGCGCCAGCGUCUUCACCUUGAUGGCGAUUUCUAUUGACAGAUACAUGGCCAUAAUGAACCCUUUGAGGCCACACAUGGGAAGAAGAGCUACGUUAUGCGUAGCAAUCGUCAUAUGGAUCGUAGGAGCCAUUUUGUCGUUACCAAUGUUGUUAUUUUACACAACCUACACACAAAACUUCGCUAGCGGCGAAAUUCGGGUAAUCUGUUACGGUGAUUUUCCCAACAGGGACAACAAUGGGCUUAGUUACGACGAAUACCUGUAUAACGUGAUUUUUACAAUAUUGACAUACUUUCUGCCAAUCGGAUCGAUGACAUUUACAUAUGCCAGAAUCGGUUUGGAGUUGUGGGGUUCCCAAAGCAUCGGCGAAAAUACAGCUGGACAACUGGAGAGCAUACGAAGUAAACGAAGGGUGGUAAAAAUGAUGAUCGUGGUGGUGGUGAUAUUCGCAGUAUGCUGGCUACCCUUCCACGUAUAUUUCAUCAUAGUUUCAUAUUUUCCGGAGAUUACAAACAAACCAUAUAUUCAAGAAGUUUUCCUAGGCAUCUAUUGGCUGGCGAUGUCUAACAGCAUGUACAACCCCAUAAUCUACUGCUGGAUGAAUUCCAGAUUUCGUCGAGGAUUCGCCCGCUUCUUCUCCUGGUGUCCCGGAGUGACCGUACCAGCAGAGCCAUCGUUAUCGCGUUCAGAAGCGUUAACAUCUCGAUACAGCUGCACCGGAAGUCCCCAAACGAACACCCGGAUAUCACGGAACGGCACGGCGCGAAUACCUUUGUACCAGCAAUCGUCGAGAGGAGGGAACGAUCGAUUCCUAGCCCCUCAUCGUGGAAGAAAAUGGAAAACCUCGCAGACCAAGGGUCACGUAUCUUGACAAGAGGAGGACAAUCCUGAACAACAACGAGUACAUACCUGGAUAUAAGCGACACAUAUCCUAAGCAACGGUCCUCUUCAAGGUUCUCAUGUAAAGUGAAACUGGAGGCACUUUAAACCGAAGAGGGAAAACGGAUCGAAAGCUCAAAACAUGGUUGACGUAUGUCGGCUAAAUUGACUCUCGUUAGAUAUUAACUAUCGAACCUUCUGUCUUGGUGUAAAUUGAAUCGAGCUUUGUAACGAUGACGACAGGUAAUCGAGAAUGAUACAAAGGUAUCCUUCGAUACGAAAAGUUAUCUGGUCGUCGUUCGAUAACGGACCAAUGAUCUACCUGCGUUAAUAAAACAUUCGAUGUUUCACGGAGAGACGUUUGCGAGAGUUCCAGUAUGUUAAUCGAACGCGUGCUAUCUGUUUAUAAAUGGUAAAGUGCUUAAUUGAUUAAACUUCGUGUUCCUACUGUGUAUCGUUAAUCGAGCCAUUCAAACGAAAUAUAUUUGCUACUUCAGCUAUACUUUUCGAUACUUCGUUUGAACUUUAGAAACCAACUACUGUGUAUCGUCAAUCGAGUGGAGAGUCAUUCAAACAAAAUAUAUUUGCUACUUCGAAUACUUCUUUGAGCUAAACUUUUCGAUACUUCAUUUGAACUUUAGAAAUCAUCUACUGUGUGUCGUUAAUCGAGUGAAGAGUCAUUCAAACGAAAUAUAUUUGCUACUUCGAAUACUUCUUUGAGCUAUACUUUUCGAUACUUCGUUUGAACUUAGAAAAUACCAACAUGGCAUCCUUAUUACUGCAAAAUAUCUUCGAAAUUUGCAAAUAUCUUCGUUAUAAAAACGCACAAAAUCUGAUAGUAGAUGCUUAAGCGUACUAAUUUUUGUAUUCGUGCAUUGUAUCUGUUUGUGAAACUUUGGCAAAAAUAAAUGCGAUGUAGUAUGUGCGGUAUCUGAAGUCUGAAGACAAUUCACUUUCGUUAGAAAUAAGCGAGUGACAAAUUGUGUGAGAAACGAAUCAAAAUUCCUGUUACUGUUUCCUUUAAUAAAGUACAACUUGGAAAAAAUUUAUGGAGCUGAAAUUGUGAAAUACACUUCUUCUCGGUUUAGCUUUUCAGCUGUAAUGUGUAUUGGCGUAACAAGGGUGGGUAAAGGAAAUUAUAUAAAAAAAUGUGGGUAGAUCCUUUUGUCAAGGAUUAUUCAAAACGGUAUUGUAUUGAGAGUGGCAGAUUUUAUUAGAGAAAAUGGUGAUAUAACAGAAGGAUAUACCAUUUGUUAUAACAGUAAAAAAAUUGGGAAUUUGAAAAUUUGGAAAUUUGAGUUCGGAGAU